UGCUCAUCUGGAUAUCCCAGCAAAGCGUAUAGGCUUGGGGGCGAGGGGAGGGGAAAGGAACGAAGUUAGUCAGGAGAGUCCUGUGCAAUAACCUUCCCCUUCUCCAUUAAGAAGACUCAGGGAAGAGUCUUGAAGAGCAAAUUGUGGAUUCUGCCAGUAACAAGUUUCAAGUUUUGGACGAACUGGAUUUCUUGGGAUUAAUGUUAUCGUUACUGAGUGGAACUAUCGAUUGUUUGUAGGUUGGCACUGAAGGGAGGAACCAUGAGGGUCAUCUUGUCCUCCCUUGUGCUGCUGACCAUCUGCUCUGGUCAUGGGGGUCAGCUGGCAUCUGCUGAAGGUAUGAACUGUCCAUCCCUGCAGGUCGAGGACUGGAAGUUUCCACAGACAGCCAGACACAACAUCACUGGUUUCAAUCUGGUGCGGCGUUUGUCCCUGCUGAAGAACAGUGAGGUGAAGAAGAUUCGUAACCCACGAGGGCCAGUCAUUCUUCGCCUCGGGAAGGUCCGCCUCAUCCAGCCCACUGAUCAUGUGUUUCCUCACGGCCUGCCUGAGGAGUUCACGCUGGUUUUCACUCUGCUGCUGAAGAAGAAGAGUCUGCGGGAAAACAUCUACCUUUUCCAGAUCUCAGAUAAGCAGGGAUACCCUCAGCUCUCACUGGACCUGAAUGGGCCUGAAAGCACACUGGCCCUGCGUGCGGGCUCCGCAGAUGGCAGUGGCGUGCCUGUAGGGUGCGUGUUCGACGGAGAGGUUGUGCAGUCUCUGCUGGACCUGAGCUGGCACAAGGUGGCAUUGAGUGUGCAGAAGAGGGCUGCCUCGUUGCAUGUGGACUGCGGCACCAUCGAGACCCAUCCCUUGGAGCCCCGCGGUGCAGUGCCCACCACAGGCCACACGUUGCUGGCCUUGAGGGCAAGGGACGCCACCCCUGUGGAGAUGGAUAUUCAGCAGGUGAUGGUGUACUGUGAUCCCUCUUUGGCCAUCCAGGAGGCCUGCUGUGAGAUUCCUGGAGCUCGGUGUCCCCCAGAUGCACCCAAGAGUCGACGAGCAGCAGAAAAUCUGGUUGAGUUUGUUCCCAAUCCCAUUAACCAGGCAAUUCAUGGAUCAAAGGAAUUGACAGAAAAAUGUGCUGGCUGUGUAUUGGUCAGUGAGCAAGAGAAUGUGGUCCAGGAAGGACAAACUGGCCUUAAAGGAGAGAAAGGAGACCCGGGUGUGGACUGCACAUCAACUGAAGCUCCUGGUCGCUGCUCGGAAGGAGUGAAGGGGCAGAAAGGGGAGAAGGGGGAGUCGGCCCUGUCUGGAAACUGGGGGGAAGCUAUAGGAAUUAAGGGUGAUAAAGGAAAGAAGGGUGAAACUGGAUCCCCAGGUCUGACUGGAAGUCCAGGCAAAGACGGCCGGGCUGGCUCCAUUUGUGUGGUGGGUCCCAAGGGCCAGAAGGGAACUCCAGGCACAGUUGGUCCAGAGGGAUUAGCAGGCGAGCCAGGAUUACCAGGACCUCCUGGACCACCUGGAUUGGGCAAACCAGGACCACCCGGGAGCCCAGGUGGGCCUCCGGGAUCAAAAGGAGACAAAGGGCCAAGAGGCCCAGGGGGACCUAAAGGAGAAAAGGGUGACCCAUGUGAAGUGUGUCCAGUACUGCCUGCAGGUUUUAACAAAGGAGAUCCAGUGGCUCCAGGCAUUGGACAGAAGGGUGAACAUGGCUCUCCAGGAGAAGAUGGUGAGAGGGGCGAAAAGGGAGACUCCGGGUCAAACGGGGCCAAAGGGGAAAAGGGUGAGCCGUGUGCUGUGUGUCCUACCCUUGGUGAAAUUCCUGCUAGUAUUUUUACUCAGACUCAGAAGCUGAAGGGAGAGAAAGGAGAUCCAGGGAUUGGAGAAAAAGGGGAACAGGGUAAUGCUGGCGGCAAGGGCAGUGAGGGGAGAAUAGGGAAGCCUGGUCCAAGAGGUCCCAGUGGCAAGGAUGGACAGAAAGGAGAAAAGGGAGACUCGUGUGGUGUGUGCCAAACCACUGGCUCUGAGGUGGGAGGAGGCCCCACCACUAUAAAGGUGGCAGGGGAACCUGGACCACAGGGGCCCCCAGGGCCCCCAGGAGAGGCAGUGGAGGGCAAACAGGGACCUCCUGGCCUUCAAGGACUAAAAGGGGAAAAAGGUGACCAGGGCCUACAGGGCGACCCAGGAACUGCUGGAGCUUCAGGUGCCCCAGGACUGCCUGGUGUGCCAGGAAGAGACGGCCUUAAUGGACUCAAAGGAGAAAAGGGCGAUGCAUGUGACAGCUGUCCAUCAAUCCCUGAGGGGCAGAAUAAUGUGGUGGGCUUCCCUGGGCCCAAGGGAGAGAGAGGAGAUCCAGGUCCACCUGGUGAAGGGAGAGCAGGGAAACCUGGUAAGCCAGGUCUGCCAGGUGUCCAGGGCCCCCCAGGACCUAAAGGAAGUCAGGGUGAUACUGGACCUGUAGGAAUUGGUCUGCCAGGACCUCAGGGUGAAGCAGGAGUGAAAGGUGUUCCUGGAGCUGCUGGUCCUGUAGGACCCCAGGGCCCACCUGGGCUGCUCGGGCCAGCUGGAGAGAGGGGCCUGAAGGGUGAGACUGGUCCCCCAGGACCUCAGGGACCGAUGGGUGUCGGCGUGGCUGGACCCCCGGGCAAGGAAGGUGUUCCAGGUCUGCCUGGAAUCCCUGGGGAAGAUGGGAGACCGGGAGCCAGUGGUCCUAAGGGUGACAAGGGUGAACCAGGAGAGUGCAACUGUCUGCAUUCUCCCUUCCCAGGAGCUGGAGGACCUGGUGCUCCUGGUGGUGGGAACAUGUUGCAGGUGGGUCCUCAGGGGCCUCCAGGACCUCCAGGCCCCCCAGGUCCCCCAGGGCCCCAGGGCUUCAUAGGUACUCCAGGCCCACAGGGUCUCCCUGGCAACGAUGGCUUACCAGGGCAACCGGGUCUGCCCGGCCAAGCAAAUCCCCUUCUAAAGGAUGAUACUUCCUCUGACUUAAAGGUGCAGUGUGAGGACUGCUCCCAGGGCCUGCCAGGCGUACCUGGUGUACCCGGUGUGCCUGGCCCUAAGCCUGAGAAGCCAGAACAGGGCAAGCCCGGCGUCAUUGAUUUGGAUGACUGUGAGAGGUGUUUAGAGAAGCUACAGAAGGAGGAACCACCACGAGGGACGACAAACAGCAACAAUGCUUGUGUAGGUGUGCCAGGGACACCCGGUAUCCCAGGGCAACCAGGGAUCAAAGGAGAUCCGGGUGAGAGAGGUGAAAGGGGCCCUCCUGGUCUUCCUGGUAGCCCCGGUAAUAUUGGUUUCCCUGGUCCUCAAGGCUCACCUGGCCUAACCGGUCAACAAGGUGAAAGAGGCUCAGAUGGGCUUCCUGGACAAAAAGGGGAACAAGGCCCACCUGGAACUCCUGGAUACCCAGGAACUAUGGGACCACCUGGGCUUCCUGGACUGAAAGGAGAGCGAGGCAGCCCAGGUGGCAUGGGGCAGAAAGGAGAGUCGGGCCCACCAGGACUUCCGGGUUACCAGGGACCACCAGGCCCAGCUGGUCCCAAGGGGGAAGCAGGAUUAUCAGGACCCAUGGGACCAAAGGGGGAUCAGGGCUUCCCAGGACCACCUGGAUUCCCAGGACAGCAGGGCCCACCAGGUUUCCCAGGAAAAAUUGGUCCUACUGGAGCCCCAGGGCCAAAGGCAGAGCCGGGCAGCCCUGGGGCACAGGGGCCACAAGGCCCUCUAGGGCCCCCUGGACCUCCAGGAAGCCCAGGCAUACCGGGUCCUCCUGGGACAGAUGGCCUUGAUGGGAAGGAUGGAAAGCCAGGGCCACGGGGAGAGCCAGGUGCAGCUGGCCCAGCUGGACUCAGGGGAAUACCGGGAUUCAAAGGCAUAAAGGGACAUACAGGUUUCCCAGGACAAAAGGGAGAUCUUGGACCUCAGGGCCCCAUAGGGGCAGCAGGAAGACCUGGGCUUGAGGGUGAUCCUGGUCCACCAGGUCCUCAAGGACCACCAGGAGCACCAGGACAUCUGGGUCCUGCAGGUCCCCCAGGUCCACCCGGACCAGCUGGGCCUCUUGGCAUGGGGAUUAAAGGUGACAGGGGCGAAGCAGGAGAGAGAGGGCUGCCAGGCAUGCCUGGUCCCCCUGGGGGACCCGGACAUCCAGGACAGAUGGGAGAACCCGGAAAUGAUGGGCCAGUUGGAAAAGAUGGAGCACCAGGCUUGCCAGGAGAUCCUGGUGUACAUGGACAAAAGGGUGAAGCAGGCUCCCCAGGGCUGAGAGGUCCCCCUGGAGAGCGUGGCCGUCCUGGCCCCCCUGGUGGAGGGGGAUACUCUUCUAAAGACUCUGGAGGAAUUAUGGGACCAACAGGGCCCCGUGGGGAGAGAGGCAGCCCUGGAACCCCUGGACAGGCAGGGCCCCCGGGGCCAGCAGGAGCCCCAGGAAAUGAUGGUGUUGUUAACUAUGAUGAGAUAAGAGCUUUCAUCAGGCAACAGGUCUUAAAGAUCUUUGAUGAGCGAAUGGCCUACUACAUGUCACGAAUGCAGAUGCCAGUGGAGAUGGUAGCAUCCCCUGGCCGACCAGGACCACCAGGUAAAGAUGGGAACCCGGGCUUGCCAGGACCCUCUGGCAUGCCGGGCCGUCCAGGCCAGAUUGGGCGCGAGGGCAGACAGGGACCACUUGGCCCUGCAGGCCCACCAGGUGUAAAGGGAGAGAAAGGAGACAAAGGUGUGGGAGAGAUGGGAGACAGUGGACCACCAGGUCCUCCAGGUAUUCCUGGACCUCCUGGCUAUGGUAAGAUGGGACCAACAGGCCCUUCUGGUCAGCAGGGAAUCCCUGGCAUUCCUGGACCUCCAGGGCCCGCUGGACAAAAGGGCAAAGAUGGCCGUUGCUACCCCUCUGAUUGUAUGAGCGGGCCUGUGGAGUACAACCCUAAGGGCCCCCAAGUCAAAGGUCCUAUGUACUAGAUUGAGAACAUGAGAGAGUAUUAGGGAACUAGAGAGGCUAAAGGGAAAGGAUGAGACCCAUAGCUCAGCAUUCUCAUCACAACAUUCAGUCUGCCUGUGAACUCACCUGAUGGGAUCCCUGGAGAACCAGAGGAUUUAUCCGGCAUUUGUGUCACCUUAAUAUGGCCAAAGCCUCUGGGCCACCAUGGGAAUAAUCUAAAAUCUGUUAAAGGUGAAUUAAUGCAAGGAGGGUUUAAUUUUCAUUCAAUAUCAUGAGUGCAGCAACUCUACAAACUCUCUGGGAAUACCCUGUUUCUCAUCCAUCAUGCCUCUCUUUUAUUUGGAAUUGCAUAACAUCUGAUUUAGAGUUUCUGUUCACUGAUGCUUGACUGAAGAUCUUUGGAUUAAGUGCCCCAACCAAAAAAGAGCUUUUCCUUCUCCUGCUUCCCCACCUUGAAGCCGCUGAUUUACUGCUUCUGAUUGUGCCAUCAGGUCAUCUAUGAGCCACUCUUAUUCUCUGCCAAGGGUAACUAUUUGUGCCUUGUUUUCUCUCCUGAAUUGCAGAUAGUCUUCCAAUUUUGGGUUUUUCUGGCAGCUACUGCAUUUUUCUGAUUUACUGCUUUACUGAGUCAAUGUAUCCCAAACAUUUGUCACUAUCCCUAUAUCUUUCCUUUACAUCAACCUAAUGUCUCGACAUGUCGUGAAAGAAAGUCUGUUGGAUCUUAUUGGGACCAGACAUUGCUAGAUAGAUUCUAGAAUAUCCUCUUGCCCUGCUGUUCUGUGGUUAUGGCACUUGACAAAAAGGUACAAGCAAGAUAUAAUUAUGCUCCCUUAAGGGCUUGUGUUGUACAUAUUUGUAUUUAUAUAUAAUGGCUUUUUUAUACAUUUUUAAUGGAUUGCCAGCAGCACAAGAGAUCUUAUUUGUCCAGUGUAAUCUCAGAUAUUAUGGUAUUUUCAGUAAGACUAAACAAGCCUUUUUGUAAUAUUGAUUGGUUUUAUAUUAAAAUUGAAAUUACUUGAGUGAAAACAUUUACUGAAGAAUGAAAUGGAAAGAUCAUGUUGAUUUGAGCAAUGUUUAGAGACAUACCUUUGUGACCUUACCAUCGGCAUUUCAAACCUCCACUCAAACCUCUUAUUCCUUUUAAACUUGAAUUACUUUGUUUGAAAUAUCAGGUUCACCACAUGCUUCCUCUCAGCUACUCUUUUGCUUUUGAAAUACUUGUAUCAUCCAGAACUGACUCUACUUUUCUCUGCAUUAUAAGAAAGACAUUAGCUGCACCAUCAUCUCUUGUUUAGGUUUCAUGCUGUAUGUUUAAAAGCUCUUCUGAUUGAUACCAUUUGACACAUUGCUGUGUCAGCCAGGUAGCUUACUAUCCUGGUGCAUAAACAGUCAGCACUUUAUCUACUCUCUGACAGGCCUUCAAAACUGUGUGUGUGUGUGUGUGUGUAUGCGUGUGUGUGUGUGUGUGGAAAGAGGCGGAGGAGGAGUGAGUUUGUCAGAGUAGGGACCACUUAAAGGUGCUCUAUGUAGGAAUAAAGGUCAGCUUUCUAUUUCAAAAGUUCAUCUUAAUACUUUUUCUUUUCUCUGUGUAAACAGUGCAUUCUUGCCAUUUGAAACAAUGAACACAUUUAUAAUAUUAGCAAUCAAAGUCAAACCUCUUUGUCUGAGUCUCAGACAACUAAAAACAACUGUGACAAAUGGCAUUAGGGGCUUUUAAUUAGUGCUAAUCAAUUAUGAAUCUUUUCUUGGUGCAGUUUAAACUUUUUUUUUAAAAAUCUCAUAUAAUGCACCUUCAAAGCUACCCCUUGCAACAUAAAGUAAUAUUUCUUCAGUUCUCAAAGCCACAAGUUGAAUUUCAAUUACUUUUGUGAAUUAACCACAUGAAGAUAAUUUAGUCAGAUCCUCUUGAUGAUCUGUUUUGUCAUGCUUGUAAAAGCUUAAAAGAAAAUAAAUUCUCAAUCAUUGUGCCAUUCAUGUUUUAGUUAUAGCUGUGCAAUUUAUUUUCAAAAGAAAAGCAAUAAAUUUUUUACUGCAAA